UAAGCCUACGCUCAGCUCAAGUUAGCAACUAGACUGGUGUGACAACCUGUUUUUAAUCAGUGACUCAAAGCUGUGAUCACCUCGAUGUCACCGAAUGGCCACAGCUUGUAAAAGAUCACCAGGAGAACCUCACUCUGACGACAUUGAAGCUAGCCGAAUGAAGCGAGCAGCUGCAAAGCAUCUAAUAGAACGCUACUACCACCAGUUAACUGAGGGCUGUGGAAAUGAGGUCUGCACGAAUGAGUUUUGUGCUUCCUGUCCAACUUUUCUUCGUAUGGAUAACAAUGCAGCAGCUAUUAAGGCCCUCGAGCUUUAUAAGAUUAAUGCAAAACUCUGUGAUCCUCAUCCCUCCAAGAAAGGAACCAGCUCAGCUUACCUUGAAAACAACUCUAAAGGUGCCCAUAACAACUCCUGCACUGAUAGGAAAAUGAACAAGAAGGAAGUACAAGGCCCUAGAGAUGACUUUAAAGAUGUGACUUACUUAACAGAAGAAAAGGUAUACGAAAUUCUUGAAUUAUGUAGAGAGAAAGAGGAUUAUUCCCCUUUAAUACGAGUUAUUGGAAGAGUAUUUUCUAGUGCUGAGGCCUUGGUACAGAGUUUCCGUAAAGCUAAACAACAUACGAAGGAAGAAUUGAAAUCUCUUCAAGGAAAGGAUGAAGACAAGGAUGAAGAUGAAAAGGAAAAAGCUGCAUGUUCUGCUGCUGCUAUGGAGGAAGAUUCGGAAGCAUCAUCCUCAAGGAUAGGUGAUAGCAACUCUCAAGGAGAUAACAACUUACAGAAAUUAGGUCCUGAUGAAGUAUCUGUAGAUAUUGAAGCAAUCAGAAGAGUCUACAACAGAUUGCUUUCUAAUGAAAAAAUAGAAACUGCCUUUCUUAAUGCACUUGUGUACUUGUCACCUAAUGUGGAGUGUGACUUGACUUAUCACAAUGUGUACUCUCGGGAUCCUAAUUAUCUGAAUUUGUUCAUUAUUGUCAUGGAGAAUGGUAAUCUUCAUAGCCCAGAAUAUCUGGAAAUGGCUCUGCCAUUGUUUUGCAAAGCAAUGAGCAAAUUACCCCUUGCAGCCCAAGCAAAAAUGGUCAGACUGUGGUCUAAAUACAGUGCAGAUCAGAUUCGGAGAAUGAUGGAAACGUUUCAACAGCUUAUUACUUACAAAGUCAUAAGCAAUGAAUUCAAUAGUCGUAAUCUAGUGAACGAUGAUGAUGCCAUUGUUGCUGCUUCAAAGUGCUUGAAAAUGGUUUACUAUGCAAAUGUAGUAGGAGGAGAGGUAGAUACAGAUCAUAACGAAGAGGAGGAUGAAGAGCCCAUCCCAGAAUCCAGUGAAUUGACACUUCAGGAGCUUUUGGGAGAGGAGAGAAGAAACAAGAAGGGUCCACGAGUAGACCCACUAGAAACUGAACUUGGUGUUAAAACUAUAGAUUGCAGAAAACCACUUAUCCCUUUUGAAGAGUUUAUUAAUGAACCACUGAAUGAUGUUCUAGAAAUGGACAAAGAUUACACUUUUUUCAAGGUAGAAACAGAAAACAAAUUCUCUUUUAUGACUUGUCCCUUUAUAUUGAAUGCUGUCACCAAGAACCUGGGAUUGUAUUAUGAUAAUAGAAUCCGCAUGUACAGUGAACGACGCAUAACUGUGCUCUACAGCUUAGUUCAAGGACAACAGUUGAAUCCAUACUUACGACUCAAAGUCAGACGUGAUCAUAUCAUAGAUGAUGCACUUGUCCGGCUAGAGAUGAUUGCCAUGGAGAAUCCUGCAGACUUGAAGAAGCAGUUAUAUGUGGAAUUUGAAGGAGAACAAGGAGUUGAUGAAGGAGGUGUUUCCAAAGAAUUUUUUCAGCUAGUUGUGGAAGAAAUCUUCAAUCCAGAUAUUGGUAUGUUCACAUAUGAUGAAUCUACAAAACUGUUUUGGUUUAAUCCAUCCUCUUUUGAAACUGAGGGUCAGUUUACCCUGAUUGGCAUAGUACUGGGUCUGGCUAUUUACAAUAACUGUAUACUGGAUGUGCAUUUUCCCAUGGUUGUCUACAGGAAACUAAUGGGGAAAAAAGGAACUUUCCGUGAUCUGGCAGACUCUCACCCAGUUCUCUAUCAGAGUUUAAAAGAUUUGCUGGAGUAUGAGGGAAGUGUGGAAGAUGACAUGAUGAUCACUUUUCAAAUAUCUCAGACAGAUCUCUUUGGUAAUCCAAUGAUGUAUGAUCUAAAGGAAAAUGGCGAUAAGAUUCCCAUUACAAAUGAAAACAGGAAGGAAUUUGUCAGUCUCUAUGCUGACUAUAUUCUCAACAAAUCAGUAGAAAAGCAGUUCAAAGCCUUUCGGAGAGGUUUUCAUAUGGUAACCAAUGAGUCUCCCUUGAAGUACUUAUUCAGACCAGAGGAAAUUGAAUUGCUUAUCUGUGGAAGUCGGAAUCUAGACUUCCAAGCAUUAGAAGAAACCACAGAAUAUGAUGGUGGCUAUACCAGGGACUCUCUUAUUAUUAGAGAGUUCUGGGAAAUCGUCCAUUCGUUUACAGAUGAGCAGAAAAGACUCUUCUUGCAGUUUACAACAGGUACAGACAGAGCACCCGUGGGAGGACUGGGAAAAUUAAAGAUGAUUAUAGCCAAAAAUGGCCCAGACACAGAAAGGUUGCCUACAUCUCACACUUGCUUUAAUGUCCUUUUGCUUCCGGAAUACUCCAGCAAAGAAAAACUUAAAGAAAGAUUGUUGAAGGCCAUCACAUAUGCCAAAGGAUUUGGCAUGCUGUAAAAAAAAAAAUAAUAAUAAUUAAUAAAUAUAACAAAAGGGAUAACAAUUGGUGGUGAUGAUGUCCCUAUACAAAAAAGGCCAUAAGAUAGUGAGCUACAGUAGUCAUCCGUGUUUGUGCCUCCCUUCUUUCCUGGGGACAUUAGGGCUGGAACAGCAGAUUUCAGCUGCUUGUAUGAACAAAUUCUUUAUUUUUUUUUCUUUUCACGUGAAAGUGUUACAUAUUCUUUCACUUAUAUGUACAGAGAGGUUUUCCUGAAUAUUUAUUUUAAGGGUUAAAUCACUUUUGCUUGUGUUUAUUACUGCUUGAAGUUGAGCCUUUUUGAGUAUUUAAAAAAAAAUACCAACAAACUGUACUUUCCCAAGGAAAAAUAUUGCCAUCAUUUGUAGCCCGUGUAACCUUCAAGUAUGUGCUUUUUUUUGUCCCUGUAUCUACUCAAAUCAGGAACUGUACUUUUUUGAACAGUUUGCUUUUAAAACUUGAAGUCCUGGAAACAGUGUGAUGCAAUUACUGCUGUUCUAGCCCCCAAAGAGUUUUCUGUGCAAAAUCUUGAGAAUCAAUAAAGAUGGAAGGGAGAACUUGGAAUGUUUUAACUGCAGCCCUGAGAACUUUACUUUAGUCACAGCACAACAAAUUAAAAAACAAAACUCAUGCCACUGUAUGUUGUCUUCACGUGUCUUGCAAUAUACUGUUUCAGUAGCCAAUCCUGUUUGUCAGUAUAUGAAAGGGUAGAGAUUUUAGGUUGGUGGGAAUUUUUUGUUUUUGUUUUUCUGAGUUUGUUUUGUUUUGUUUUGAACUAAAUAUUUACUUGGGGGGAAGUGCAUAUUCAGCCAAAUGAUAGUGAGUCAAGUGUAUUGCAAGAAAGCUGGGAAAUUUGUUAUAUUAUAGACAAAGCAUGUGGAAGUGCACUUAAAAUUAAGUUUUAUUAAUUGCCUAUUACAUUGAUUUUAAAAUAGACAAUCCAAAGUCUUCCCUACAUGAUGUCAUCAUCCUAUUUAAUGAAUUGUUCCUCCUUAUCAAGGCACAUGAUCAGUGUUGCGACAUAAUCAAAAAAGAUGGCUACUAUUCCUUGUUUAUAGAAUCUAACAUUAAGCAAACCUGGAAAUGAAUGAAACUAUUGAUCUUAAAACCCAUUUCUAUUGUAUGUCCCCAACUAUUCAAUAUUAUUUUAAUUAUUUAAAAAAGUAAAUGCUAAAAAUUACUUUGUGUUACAGAAAAUAAACAGUAGGUUUUCAACUUUUGACAGUUCAGAAAUAGUUUUCCCAUUUCCUAGUCGUCUAUGUCUGUAAUGUUAAUUUCUCCCAUUGCAAUAUACAAUAAAGGGAUUGUAUAUUUUUAACUAAGGGGACAUAAUUGGUAAAUUUUUCAAAAACAAGCUAUAGCUGUUGUACAGAGCUGAGCUUGUGCCUUGACAAUUGUUUUAACUGACUUAUACAAGUCAAAUCAGCUUAAUGAUUUGUGUGAAAUUGGAAGGAAAAGGACAAGUCUUGAAAUCAUUGGAGGGGGGAAAAAUGUCUUUCAGGAUUAUUUUAAUAAAUUCUUUCUAGUAAUAGAAACAGAACUGUUAUGUAACUAUAAUGCCGAAUAAAACAGUGACCUUUUUCACCAUGAUCUAGUGGAAAAAUAAGACAGUGAUUUACUUCCUUUGAUAAGUUAAAUUGGGUGUAAUUGGGCUUACCCAUUUUUAGAACAUUGUUAAGGUAUAUAUACUGCAUGACAAUGAACAUUCAAGAUCAUACAUUUUUCUAAAGGACAUACCCAUCUUUUUUUUUUUUUUCUUCAUGUACAGUAAAAAGUGAGAGCAAAGGAAACCCCAAAUGCCAUUAGGCAUCUUAUAAUAAAUGGGUGAUAUAAUUUGAAGCUGAAUAUUCAGUUAUUCUCUUAAAUUCUAUGAUCACUCCACUACUGAAAUCCUGCCAUUUUAAUGAUAUGUUUCUCUGACAAAUUUUUGAUUUAUGAAUUGAGCAGAUUUAAAGAUUUAAAAUAGGUGUACUAUUUUAGAAUAUUAGAAAUUUAAAAAGAAAAAAUCUAUAUUAAGGAAAGAAAAAAGGUAUGUCAGAUGAUCUCUUCAGGAGUUUAUUUUCAUUUGUGUUAUAACUUCUUUCUGCAUGCCUGUGAUUUUCCAUUGCUAAUUAGUAUUGGCAGUUAUUAGUAAAGACCAGACAGUUCAUAAUGGAAUAAAAUUCAAAAGUUAUUUGCUCUCUAUAUAUUAGCUCUUGGUUUGGUUCUCAAGGGCUUGGGUGAAAGCAAUGAUUUAAUUGGGACUAUAUUUCCCUGAAUUCUUAGCCUCUGUUUCUUGACAUGUCCUUAAAAAAAAAAAAAAAAAAAGGCUGAAAUAUUCUUUCUUAAAAACUGGUGGUCUUACUUAAAUUUAGUUUUCCUCAAAAAUAGUUUUUGUAUCUCAGUCUGAAAAACUAGGUUGUGGCAUCAGUAAAGCUCAGGAAGAAAAUAUCUUCAUUCGAAACUUUCUUCCCAGAAUUUAACAUUUCUAAUUGUAAUACUGACAGAAGGAAUUGGCUUCUUAAAUGAAAUGAAGAUAACAAAAAAAAUGCCCAAUUCUGAUUUUAGCAUUUUUUAUUUUCCAAAGUUUAUUACUUUAUGAAGCCACAGAUUAACUUACCUUAAAAAAAUAUUUUUUUCCUAAAUUGAAUUUAGAAUUUCUCAUUUUGAAGGGGAUAUUACUUGAGAUUUUUGUUCUCUAAUACUAAUUUCUUAGUAGUUCAUCAUUGUUUUAUGUCUGUUAUUUUUUAAAGUGGCUUAGUAUUACAUAGUAACCUUAGGAAAGAAGGCUUUUGCUUCAAUAUAAUUAGAAAUUUUUGUCUUCUAUUCUAAAAAGGUGGUUUGCUUCUUGUAAGACUAUAUCCAGACCUUUUAAAUUUUGGUUAUAAUUUCUGUAAUUUCAUUAAUUAGGUGUCUUUCUUUGGGGCAGUUCAUUUAACUUCUCUUGGCUUCACUUUCCUCAUCUGGAAAUUGAGAUGUUAGACAACAUUUUUUUUUUCCAUUUUUAUACUUCUGGGUUUUUUGAGAGACAGAUUUAGAAUUCAUACAGGAGCUGCUGAUAACUACACUGACAAUGCAAGAUAAAUGACAUGUAUAUCUUUAAGAAUGGGUUUUAAAUAUGUCCAGACACUAUGCCAUAAUGACAUUUUUAUCACCUUUUAGUAAAAGUAACAAAUUAAUUUUAAAUAAAAAAGUUAAUGUUUUAUUUUUAUUAUUCUAUUUACUCAAUAUUAUAAUUUCUUAUAUUAGCUCCCCAAAAAAGGUGAAAAAAAUAUAUAUACUUACUAAACUCUUCCUUAUAAACUGUAGCAGCUUAAUAUGCAACAGUAUGCUUCCCCCCACCUUACAACAUGAUUGGAAAAUUUUAUUUUCACUCUUCUCUGCCCCUCCCCCUCCCCCCAUAAUGGUAAAGAACUAUUUUAUAAUUGACAGAUAUACGUUCCCUUAUAUGAAGGAAUCCCUUGUUUUCAAUCACUUUGAUAAUACUUUCAUUAGUUUCAAACAAGUAUGAUAUGGAACAAUCUGAUAUUGAAACACCCAAGAAUUUCUGUUGAAUUGAACUGUGCUUUAGUAACUUUUGUAUACUAACAGAUUUUUUUUUUUCACAAAGACUACUCUUUUUAAAUUAAUUUAAAGAUCUAAGACUGUCCAUGCAAUGCAAAGACCUCUCUGUCUUUGCAAUCAUAUUUUAAAAUAAAGUCUUUUUUAAAUCUAGAAGUUGAUACUUGGUCAGUUGAAAGAAAAAAAAACCCACCAAUAAAAUGACAGAUUAUACAGUAUGUUUUAAACUGUAAAUUAGUUGUACAUUACCUCUCUUCUUUAUGCCCUUGUUAGAGCUAGAUGAGUCACCUUUAAAAAGCAUCAUUCAGACUUGGCUUGUCAUAAGAAAUCAUUCUAUAAGGAAUACACUCGUCACCCACUGAAAGAGAAUUUUAGGACUGGAAAAAAAAGUCGAUUUACAUAAAGUAUGUCUAGUAUCUCAAAUAAAUACAAUCUGUACAAGAGAAUAUUAAUAUAUAAUAAGCCAUCUAUUAAGCCUCUAUUAAGAACUAUGCUAGGGGAGAACUAAAUUUAAGAAAUCUGCCUUCAAAGAGUAGAGUCUGAUAGAAGAAUAAGAUAUAAAGGUCAAUAGCAACAGUCUACAAUCUGAUCUAAUUGAUGCCUUGGAAAGUUUAAGAUGAAUUUUGGAGAAGUCUAGAAAGGCUUUCAAGAAGAGAUUGUACGGAUUUGAGAUUUAAAGAGCAGGUAGGAAUUUAUUGACAAAGGGAGAGGAAGAUGAUUCUAGGACUGGGGGACGACUCAAGAAAAACCUUAGAGAUGAAUGUUGUGUGGGAUGAAGGACCCGAGUUGUGCACAGGGUUGUGGGACUAGGAGUGAUACUAGGGACAUUUGAAUGUGCAAUAGGGAACAACGGAGGUUUUUAAAAAAUUAAACAACAUGAUCAAGUUCUAUGUCUAAGAACAUUAUUCUUGUAGUGAUAAGAGGGUUGAAUUGGAAGAAAGGCAAGAGCAGAGGUUUAGUUACAGAAGCCCUGGAAUUGACGUUUAAAGAUGUUCUGGGUUUGCAUUCUAUCCCUGUUACUAGCUGUGUAACCCUAGACGAGGCCCUUGAUUUUUGUAGAGCUUCAAUUUCUGUAUCUGUAAAGGGGAUAUGGAUAAUUUCAUUUGAUAUCUUACAAGGAAGAUCAAAUGAGAUAGUGUUUUCUCCUAAAGUACUUUAAGUCAGUCAAUUAUUAGUUAUACUUAAAAGACCUAGAGUAGUUUACUCACUGAGGCCUGACCAAUUCUAUUUUAUAUUGUAGAAAGUAAGUGGGAGAUUCUUAUUUUAAGCAAAAAGAAAUGGCUCUGAAAUUCCUAAGGAACACUAUCAUGUUUGCCUCAGAAAUUAAUGUUUAUUAAGUACAUUCUCCAAGAAGCAUGAAAAAAAUUAUAGCCAAUAAGGUUGAAAUUUUUUUGAACUUUUAUACAGCUCCUAUGUGAUUCUUUGGAGAAGGAUGUGUGUUAUGUUAAACUCAGUGACAUGUUGACUCUUCAUAUCUCUUAGGAGAGAGCUCAGCUCUUACAGCAUGGUCUUGUAUGAUUAGUCCAAUCUUCAGAGCUGCUCAUGAAUCUGGGGGUGCCAUCAUACAGAUUUUCUUAUAGGUUCCAUUUCUUAUAUUGGACACGUGUCUUGGAUGGAUCCUUAGGGGGAUGAUCCAAAGGGCAACAGUGGGUAUAUUCAUCCCCAAUACCUUAGAAGAAUCUGCUAAAGAGGGAUAGUCGUUUUAGAAAAGCUGGUCUAAUGGUAAAAUUAAGAAAUAACUGCAUAGCAAAAUCCAUUGUUACCCUUGUGAUAUCACAUGAAAGCAAGGAAGGCUGCCAGUUCUGGGCAAAAUUGUUCUUUUACUCCCUGUGGUGGCCAUCUUAUGGGAGGAUAUGAAUAAGACCCACACAAGCUAAGCACACGUGGCUAGCUUGUGGUCUGCAUCAUGUAAAAAAAUAUCCACUCUGGUGAAAUCAUAAAUACAUUUUAGUACAAGGUAGAUUAUUCAUUUGUUUUUUUGCUUUUAGUGCAAGUUCUCCCUUCACCCCAGCAUUAUUUUCACGGAAGUAGCCUUGAAAACAGCUUGAAGUCCACAGUGCAAGAUGACAUCUGAAACCCAUCCACUCUCAAUGGAUGGACGUGGGCGCAUCUGUUGGAUUUUUCUCUAUGGGGAUUAUGAUCUGAUGUUUGGUGUAUAUAUAUAUAUGUAUAACAGAAUUUAUAUGUAGCACUUUAAGGUUUGCAAAGCACUUUAUAAAUAUUUCAUGUUAUCCUCACACCAACCCUGGGAAUAGUUGCUAUUAUCUCCAUUUUACAGGUGAAGAAACGAAGGCAAACUGCUUAAGUGACCACUUAGGGUCACACAGCUAAUAAAUAUCUGAGGCACUCUGA